AUGCCUGGUGGUAGUAGGAAUCCUCUUGUUGUUGGGCGUGUUAUAGGGGAUGUGUUAGACCCUUUUGAAAGUUCUAUUCCUCUCAGAGUCACCUAUGGUAAUAGAGAUGUGAGCAAUGGUUGUGAGUUUAAACCUUCCUAUGUUUCCAAUCCACCCAGAGUGAGUGUUGGAGGAGAUGACCUCAGGAACUUCUACACGCUGGUCCUAGUGGAUCCUGAUUCACCUAGCCCAAGUAACCCCAAUUGCAGGGAGUACCUUCAUUGGUUGGUGACUGAUAUUCCAGCAACUACGGGGGCUACUUUCGGUAACGAGAUUGUAAGUUAUGAAGGGCCAAGACCAACGGUGGGGAUUCAUCGUUUCGUGUUUGUGUUAUUCCGUCAGCAAUAUAGACAAAGAGUGUAUGCUCCUGGAUGGCGACAGAAUUUCAACACAAAAGAAUUUGCUGAACUUUACAAUCUUGGAUUGCCCGUUGCUGCUGUCUUCUUUAAUUGUCAGAGGGAGACUGGCAGUGGGGGCAGAACAUUUUGA